AUGGGAGCCAAGCUCUGCUCCCCAGCUGAUGACCAGGCACCCCAAGGGAGACUUCUUUUCCACGCUGAUGCCAAGGGCACACAAGUGUGUCUGGAGAAGGGGCAGAGCACUGCCCGCCGGAAAGCUACGUUCCACGAUGGCAUCGUGUUCAGCUCACGGCCGGUGCAGCCUUGCGAGCGGGUGGUGCUGCGCAUCCUGUGUCACGAGAGCCACUGGCACGGUGGGCUCCGCGUGGGCUUCACUCGCCUGGACCCCACGCGCGUGUGGGGGCCCUGCCUGCCGCCCUUCCUGUGCCCAGACCUGGAGCAGCAGAGCCCAACGUGGGCGGCGGUGCUGCCCAACCACUGCGUGCUUCCCGGGAACGUGGUGUGCUUCUGGGUGAACUCCCGCGGCCGGCUCUUCCUUCAGGUCAACUCCAACUGCCCCAUCCGCUUGCGAAAAAAUGUGCCGCUGGGCCACCCACUGUGGGCUGUGAUGGACGUGUACGGGACCACCAAGGCCAUCGAACUACUGGAUCCCACAGCCAGCGCCCGCCCCACAGCCGUGCCCAAGGUUGUCCGACAUGACUUUCAGCUUACAGCAGAAGAGGAGUGUGUCAUCUGCUACCACCAUGCCGCCAACACUUGCCUUGUCCCCUGUGGCCACUCACUCUUCUGUCACCAUUGCGCCUGGCAAGUCCUCAGGGACACGGCCAUGUGUCCCCUGUGUCGCUGUGAGAUCAAGGCCAUGGCAGUGCAGGGCACUCCUGCUCCAAGGACAAGAGAGAGCCCUGCAGCCGGACUGGUGCAUGGGUCCAGACUGGACCUAGGGCAGCCCCCGCGAGGAGAGCAGAUACUGCCCCACUUUCUCUGGAGAAGAAUCCGAAAGACCUGUCAGCCACAGGUGUAG